AUGUCUCAACCGAGAGCGAGUAACCCCUUUAAACGAGAAGCCUCCAUCCCACUCUCCCUGGAAACACACUGGUUCGUCGGCGAUAAGCCUAAAUUCCCAUACCCCGCGCUCCGAAAGCUAGGAACCAUCCUCAACGCCGACUAUAGAUGGGAAUCAGCAGACAGCGUGGCCCUCGACGGUAGCAUCGACCACACAUUCAUCGGUGCAGUGAGAUGGGAAGAUCAAGAGAGUGAUACCCAUGCCGAUAGCGGGGUGGUCACCAAGAUCCGAGUAACGUGGAAUUCCAACGAUGUCAACGGCUCAAUGAGAGGGGAGGUGAAGAACAUAUACCACGACAGGGAGCGGGGGGGAUAUGCCAACGGCAAGGGAAAUGAGAUAACUGCGCAGAAUCUCCGGCUUGCUUCUGACUGGUAUGGUAGAUAUAUCGUUGGCUACUGCAUGGAUCGCAUAGGACUUUCAGUAGGCGACGGCGAGUGUUGGACGCUAGCUUACCGUGCCCUUGAAGAAGCUGGGAAACGAUCACUGCGAGAGGACAGCCGUGAACCUCCCAUGCUAAGCGUCGGUAGGGUCCAUGGACACCUCAUCUUUGAAUGGCACGCGACUCCAGAUUAUCCCAUCGACAUUGCCAGUGGUAUCUUGCAGCAUAUGCCUGCCGUGCCGAUAGAGCCGGGAGACAUAAUGGAGCUUGCAGAGGGGCGUUUCCAAAAGGUCAACUUCGUCCUUUCCGGUCUCGUGAAGCAGGAGGAGAACGUCCGGUUCAAGGCUCAUACUGCUGUCGUUAAUGGUGUGGAAGGGUGCACGAUCAAGGUCGUCGAGCAGAACGGUCGGAUCAAGUCCGUCGUGGCUGAGAAUGGGUAUGAUCUUGGUAGUAUGGUGGACGGUACAGUGCGAAUAUACCGUCCAGUCGGCAUCUCGCUCUCCGCCGCCCGUCAUCUACAUCGUGGUGUUUCUGCUUCUCUUUCUCUUUCUGGCGUCUGCGAUAGUUGGUAG